AUGGAUUUGUUCAACCCGGCCGAGGACCAGAACGUCUCCAUGGUGCACCCGGAGUACUUCAUCAUCAGCGGAUUGUCGAACCUCCCCCGAAUCCAUCUGUACUACGUCUUCCUCUUCCUGGUCUACAUCGUGUCCGUGCUCGCCAACGGCACCGUCAUGACUGUCAUCUGCUUGGAUCGCCGGCUACGUACUCCCAAGUACGUGGCGGUCUUCAACCUGGCCUUCGUGGACCUGUUCGGGAGCUCGGCCCUGGUCCCCAAGGUUCUUGACGUCUUCCUGCUGGGUCACCGCCGCGUCGCCUUUCACAGCUGCCUCACCUUCCUCUUCUUCUGCUACUCCUGCUUGUCCAUGCAGUCCUUCAACUUGGUGGCACUGGCCUAUGACCGCCUCUUGGCUAUCAUCUUCCCGUUGCAAUAUAAGGUGAGGAUGACACAUCGCUUCAUGCUGUCACUGAUCCUAAGCUUCUGGUUGCUGGUGUUAGUCCUGGUGGCGGUGGCCACGGGGCUAUUGACCCGGCUGUCCUUCUGCAAGUCGCUGGUGAUCAACAGCUACUUCUGCGACCACGGCCAAAUCUACCGGCUGGCUUGCAACAGCCACUACCCCAACUACGUGGUGAGCUGCGUCUACCCAGUGGUGAUCUUCUGGCUGCCGCUGGCCUUCAUCCUGCUUAGCUAUAUGGCCAUCGGCCGAACGCUGGCCAAGGUGGCCACUUGGCGCCAGCGCAUCAAGGCUCUGCGUACCUGUGCAGCGCACCUCUCACUGGUGGCCGUCUACUUCACCCCACUGCUGGUCACCUUCACGCUGAUGGAGAACAUCCACCCAGACGGCCGCAUUGUGAGCCUCUCUCUCACAUCGGUCUUCCCGCCUUUUCUCAACCCCGUCAUCUACACGCUGCAGACACAGGAGAUCAAAGAAGCGCUCGGCAGGCUCCUUCGGCGAGCGCACUGCCGCAGACAUGAAGGAACUUUGAAAUAG